GGAUAUAGAAAUAGACGGGGGGGCUUCAGUCGCUGCUGGGUGGCAUUUGUUAAAUGAUAGAAAGUUUUGUCCCGGCUAAUGACGGAAUAGCGAGUUAGACAAGUGAUAAUUGAAAUCUCGAGUCUGUUGUUUGACUUCAGUAGCUCCCCCCGGGUAAAUAUAAUAUAUAUGCUCGCUGUCCAAAUAAGGUCAUCCAAAGCAAAGAAAUUAAUCCACACGCACUCACAUACUCGAGCGUUUCAAAAGCACUAUAUCUUGAAAGAAGCCUGGAUAGAGAGAAGCAGAAACAGGCACAGAGUAUAACCACCAGAGAGAGAUGGGAAGAGCUCCUUGCUGUGACAAGGCGAAUGUGAAGAAAGGACCUUGGUCCCCUGAAGAAGAUGCAAAGCUGAAGGAGUACAUAGAAAAGUCAGGGACUGGAGGGAAUUGGAUAGCUCUUCCACAGAAGGCUGGGCUUAGAAGAUGCGGAAAGAGUUGCAGAUUGAGAUGGCUUAACUACCUCAGGCCCAACAUUAAACAUGGAGACUUCACAGAUGAUGAGGAUAGGAUAAUUUGCAGCCUCUUUGCGAGCAUUGGUAGCAGGUGGUCAAUAAUAGCAGCUCAAUUACCAGGCAGGACGGACAAUGACAUCAAGAACUACUGGAACACCAAGCUGAAAAAGAAAAUAAUGGGAUCUCACAAAAAAUGCCAUCAACCCAGCCCCUACGCAUCACCAUAUUCGGGGUUUGAGCCUGCAUCUAUAACAUCAUCACCAUUUUCAGCUCCAUCACCAUCAAUAUCAUCAGUAUAUCACAAUUAUCAUACCACCACCCAAUUUAGGUCCCUCUCAGGCUAUGAAACUUUUUCAUCAACCCCGCCAAGUCUGUUGAACGCUAAUUGUUCUUCAACAAGUACCGGUUUUCAAGAAGUUCAACAUAUGGGUGGUUCCAUGCACAGUUACCUAGUUCAAGACAGUAGUCUCCUAAGGUUCGGAGGUGAAGCUAGCUGUAGUUCUUCAGAUGGCAGCUCCACAAAUCAGAACAGCUACGGCAAAGAGGUAGAGCAUGAUUUACAAAACUAUCUCUGCAGCACUGGUGUUGAUCAUGAAAAUCAGAAGAUUAUGAUCAACAGUGACGUCACUAUUGAAUACGCUGAUGAUCAGAAGCCAUAUAGUGAAAAUCCACUGGAUUAUAGUCUUGAAGAGAUUAAACAACUGAUUAGCACCAAUCUCUGCAACAACUUCUUCGUUGAUGAAAACAAGACAGAUGAAAAGGUGGCAUACUACAACUGAUGCCGACUGUUGCAGGUACAGUCAGAAGGUUUUGAAGGGAUGGAUCAUGAAUCACGGAUGGUGUUGAUUCGAAGUAGUCUUUAGUAGGCUUCUCCAUUCGUGGGGGUUAGGACUUUUGUGUAUUUCGAUGAAAAUGUACACCUUUUUUGACAGUACAUAGUUAGUGAUGAAAGUCCCCAUGUCCAUUUUGUUUUCCGGGAAAUGAUCGAUCGACGUGUUAUUGCUGUCUUUAGCUGAUCCAAAGUUAUUUAAUUUCAUGAAAA